GAUUAAUUUAUUUUCUUGUGAUCCCAUAUUGUUCACAUGAUGUCACUUGUGUUUACUUGAAAUCAACAGUUGAUCCAUAUAACAUGCAAAAUAAAACCAGGACACCUCACAUAACUCCUGUAAAUAUACAUGAGGAAAAGUGACACACAUGACAUUCCUGCCACAAUAAACAAACAGCCAUUUCAGUGAAGCACCCCACUUGGUUCUCUCCUCCGGUUAUCUUUUUUUUUUUUUUUUUUUUUUUUUAAACAUGGGUUCAGAUGUGCUCUGGCCAAUGGCAGGCAGGAGGGGGCUGGAUUGGACCGCUCAAGCACAGUGCUUGUCUUUUAAAACUCUGUUCUCUGAGAAAUGUGCAACAGUCAUCAGGCGUAGUUUGAAGGCCAGAGAAACGCCACCUGUGUAAUUUUCCUGUCAAGUCACUCCGAGGACUUGAGAAAAACAACAUUUUCUGGUUCGCAUUGAUUUGAGCCAGACAGGCUGCUGAACAUAAGAUUGGCACCAUGAGGAAGUGGACGUGGGUGGCACUGGUACUGUGCACCUUCUUUGCUCUGGCCCUGGCACAAGGUUCUAGCUGGAACAGCUCACAGCUACGAAAGUUGAGCCAUAGGAACAGGAACACAAAGCUGGCCUACAACAGCAUCCUUGAACCUCAGACCACAGGAGUAACCGAGUGGACAUCCUGGUUCAACAUUGACCAUCCUGGUGGUAAUGGGGACUAUGAGAGGCUAGAGGCUAUUCGAUUUUACUACCGAGAGAGAGUGUGUGCACGGCCUGUUGCCAUGGAGGUCCGUACUACUGACUGGGUACCUGCUUCAGACACCGGGGAGGUGGUACAUUCCAGUCUGGAGAAAGGCUUCUGGUGCAUUAAUAAAGAACAGCCAUAUGGACGCAUCUGCUCCAACUACCAUGUGCGAUUCCAGUGUCCACCAGUUCAAACAUAUUGGACAAACUGGAGUGAGUGGGGUCCUUGUUCAACCACUGCCUGUAAUGAUGUGGGCAUCCAAGUGCGCCGACGGAAAUGCAUGAGCACGCAGCCUCUGUCCAAGCUGGUCCCUCCAGCCUGCCCAGGACCUCAUGCUGAGCGGCGAGAAUGCUCUACUCCACCUUGCCAAGCUAAGUGGAGUCAGUGGGGGACGUGGAGCACUUGCUCAGUGACCUGUGGGAAGGGUCGGAGAACCAGACAGAGAACUUGUAGCAGAUCAUCUGACACAGUCCGCUGCAGAGGACGGCCAGUGGAAGUCCAGAAGUGUGGAAAUACCCCAUGUCCAGUGGUGUGUCAACUUGUUUGUCCUGAGGGACACCCAAAUGAGGAGUGCAGCCACUGCAUUUGUGAGGGACAGACACUACGAGGGGAAGUCUUGAGUGUGACUGGAGUUCCAGUGUCUGGAGCCAGUGUGGCUGUGGCAGACCAGCCAAAGGUUAUCCGUGCCCAGACAGAUGAUAAGGGUUUGCUCAAGAUCCAUGGCAUGUGCUUAGGCCCAGAGACUCGGCUACUCAUCAGCAAGGAAAAGUUUGCUCCAGCCACUGUCCCUAUUUUCAGAAAUAGCAGUGAAAACCUCUGGGUUCGAGCUUUCCUCAGGUCCUCAGAGAAGCCAUACAUUCUCAAACAUCCUGAAGACAAAGUACGAUAUGAAGGACAACGUGUGACUCUUUGCUGCAAAGCAACAGGAACCCCUUUACCUGAUAAAUAUUACUGGUAUCACAAUGGAACUUUACUGGACCAGAAACUAUACAAAUACGAUGGAGACUUGGUAUUGCGUGAUCUGAAACCAGAACAUACUGGAAUGUAUUAUUGCAAAGCCAAUAGUCUAACAGGAACCAUUAAGUCCAAUCCUGCAUUCCUGACUGUUUUUGAGAAAGGAACGCCAGCAUGUAACGCUACACCUGAAAGUCACCUGAUUAAAUUGCCUUUAGACUGCAAACAGUCAGGCACAAAAUCCAAGUGGUAUAAUGCUGGUCGCUGUACUAACAACAAAUGUCCUGGGUCACUGGACUUUGACCUACGAUGCAAAGAUUCCUCUAGUUUCUGCUGUGGGGUGAAGCAAAUGGAAACAAAGGAGAUCAACUGUGGCAGCUACAUUCUUCCAAUAAAGGUUGUGACUGAAUGCAGUUGUCAAAAAUGUGUCCAACCCAAAAUUCUGGUACGGGGUAGAGUGGUUGCUGCAGACAAUAAUGAGCCCUUACGAUUUGGACACAUUUUCAUAGGAAAGGAACGAAUAGGAAUUACAGGUUAUCAGGGUGGGUUCACAAUUCAGGUGCCCACUGACACCCAACGUCUGGUAGUAAACUUUGUGGACCCAUCCCAAAAGUUCUUAGAUACACUCAAAGUGUUUGUUUUUGAUAAGAAGGGUGGUUCAGUUUACCAUGACGUAAAAGUAAUGCGAAAGCAGGAACCAAUUGACAUCAAUGCUGCAGAGAGCAAUACUAUUUAUCUGGGUGAAAUAAAAGGGGAGGAGCCCAUCGGUCAGCUGAUCAUACCUCCCAAUUCCUUCCACAAAGACACUGGGGAAACAUACGAAGGCAUGGUUAAAGCGAGUGUCACUUUCUUUGAUCCACGCAAUGUCACAACAGCUGCGGCUAUUCCAGGAGACUUGAAUUUUGUGGGUGAUGAAGGUGAUGUGCUUCCUUUGAGGACAUAUGGGAUGUUUUCUCUUGAUUUCAGAGAUGAGGCAAAUCAGGAGAUCCUUGGAGCUGGUGAAGUCCAGGUGCUCCUUGACACAGAGCAUGUCAAAAUGCCAGAGCAUAUACCUACUAUGAAACUGUGGUCUCUCAAUCCAGUCACAGGUAUUUGGGAGGAAGAGAGUAAUUUUCAACCUACUCAGGUUACCACUAGUGGAAAUGGGAGGAAAAAAAGAGAGGAGCGCACGUUCCUGAUAGGAAACAUGGAAAUCAGAGAGCGCAGACUGUUCAACUUGGAUGUACCCGAAAAUCGCCGCUGCUAUGUCAAAGUUCGGGCAUACAUGAGUGACAAAUUCUUGUCUACUGAGCAACUUGAAGGUGUGGUGAUCAGUCUUAUAAACCUGGAGCCCAGGCCUGGAUACUCAUCAAAUCCUAGAGCUUGGGGACGUUUUGACAGUGUGAUAACAGGACCGAAUGGAGCUUGUCUUCCAGCCUUCUGUGAUGCCCAGAGACCUGAUGCAUACACAGCCUACGUCACAGCCACAAUGGGAGGUGAAGAACUUGAAGCAGCCCCAUCUACACCAAAAAUGAAUCCUAACAUCAUUGGCGUAUUACAACCAUACUUAGACAAAUUAGAUUAUCAACGAUCAGAUCAUGAUGAUCCAGCACUCAAAAAAACUGCCUUUAGAAUAAAUUUAGCCAAGCCAAAUCCAAAUAAUCUGGAUGAAACCAAUGGACCAAUAUAUCCUUAUCAAAGUCUAAUCUCAUGUGAAAAUGCACCCAUUGAUGCAAAUCAUUUCCGUUUCUUCCGUGUGGAGAAAGACAAAUAUGAGUACAAUGUAGUACCUUUUCAGGAGAAUGAUCUCACAACUUGGACUGGGGACUACCUCUCAUGGUGGCCAAACCCACAGGAGUUCAGGGCUUGCUAUAUUAAAGUUAAGAUCCAUGGAGAAGUAGAAGUUAUGGUCAGGUCAAAGAACUUUGGCGGUACCCAUUCUCAGACCAGGGGUCAGUUGUAUGGAAUUAGGGACAUACGCAGCACUCGUGACUUGAAACAUCCUAACACUUCUGCUGCUUGCUUGGAGUUCAAAUGCAGUGGAAUGCUUUUUGACCAAGGCACUGUUGACCGGUCUCUAAUUACUGUCCUUCCACAAGGCAACUGUCGGCGAAUAGGCAUCAACAGUCUCCUGCAAGAGUACCUUAUAAAGCACCCCCCUCUUCUACAGAACAACGAGUCUCAUGCAUUUACCAUGUUAGCUCCCGUGGACCCACUGGGCCAUAAUUAUGGAAUAUACACUGUCACAGACCAGAACCCACGCAUUGCCAAAGAGAUUGCCAUAGGACGCUGCUUUGAUGGUACCUCAGAUGGUUUCUCAAGGGAGAUGAAAUCAGAUUCUGGAGUGGCUCUAACUUUCAGCUGCCCAAAAAGAACUGUAAACCGUGAGAGCCUCUUCCAGCGCUUGCAAACAAAUCCUGGCCAAACCUUGGCACAAAUGGCUCGGGACAUGAGGGAAUCACAAGGAACACAGGUCAGAAGAGGGUCAGCACAGGUGGUGGCAUAUCCUUCUGAUCAACAGGGCAGGAUCCAGAGCCGCAGAGUUAGCAACAGCAGCAGGAGAAGAACUGCUAUACGGACUCAACAGAGGCAGUAGAUCUGCCUAAAUAGGUUGUUGGGAAGAUGCUGGCUGAAGACACUCACAGAAAUGAUGGAAAUGACAAACUUGGUCAGUCUGGACAUUAGAUACUCAGUGUUUUCUGAGCCAAGUUCCAUUAUUUUAUUAUAAACUCACUCUGGACAUGUUCUCUCCAGUUUUCUGAAGGGAACUGUCAUUUACAUGCUUCAUCAUUCCCCAAAAAAUACUUGAUAUAAUAAGAAAUGUCUUUAAUGUUCAGGAUGGACACUUUUAUUUAUUACGAUUAUCAAAAAUUAUCAAUGCAAGUGCAUUGUUUCAGCCUUUUUGGAUCUUACAUUUAUACCAUUUAAGAUUUACAUAAUAAUAACUCCAUAAUGAGCUAGGAUAUACAUAAAGAAGGUUCCUGCUAUUCUGUUAAAGGUAUCCUACCCUUUUUCCAAAUUAGCACAGUAAUAGCCCAAAUGUAACACAACCAUACUUCAAUUUGACCGAAGUACAACUAAACUAAGCCAAAGAAAGCAAAUCUUGCCAGUAGUCUAAAUAGAACCUGUGUUGAUACUUUGGACAGAAUAGCUGAAUAAUACAAUAGCCCUUGGUUUGGAAUUAGGACAUUACCAUUUUUAAAGACUCCAAACUACCUCCUGAAUCUUUUCAACAAAAUUUGAGAAAGCAAUAAAAUUUAAAGUAGUGUUUAAAAUUCUACAUCACCACAGUAAAGUGUAGCAUGGGAAAUCCAAUAGUUUGUACAUACAGUAGGUUAUAGUAUAUUGUUCCUUAUGGGUGUCUGUCUGUCUCUUGACGUGCAAUAAUUCUGACAAUGACUUGAGAGCCCUAACCAAAUAAAAUCUGCUAUGUGCGUUAGGACUGUUAAAAGUUGGGCUAAUCUCUAUGCAAGUUUAAGUCUGUUUCACAAACUAUGUAUUGCCAGCUUACUAUCUAUUUCUAAGGAAUCUUAGCAUCCUACAUGACCUAAGUGACUUUUCUUAAGUGUUCUUUUGAUGGACAUUUUGCAAUAUUUCAGCUUUACUGAAUUAGAGACUCUUUACAGUUUAUAGUGAAAAUAAACAGUGAUAAUAUCAUGAUGUGUAUCUACAGUGCAUGCACUUUUAGUUCACCCUAUAAACAAUUACUGAAGGAUCUGGAUAAUCUGGAUGGUAUAGAAAUAGAGUUAUUUUCAUCUGAAGUAGACUACACCAUUGAUAUAUAGACCAGUGGACUACAUCCAUUCCAAUUGCAAUUCCUGACCAUUACUGGCUGAUUGCUGUUUUAGUGAAAAUAAAGAAAAUUGUUUGAAAUAUUCAAAACUAUCAAGCAGGACAACAAAAAAGGAGGUAAUUCAUAUGAUGAGAGGAUAAUCUCUUCUGUCUGCACUAACUAACAAUAACACUACAGUUUUCUAGCUAUACAUAACAUUAACAUUAUCAUGGCUUCAAAUACUAUUUGUACAAAAGCAUAACAUUGCUUUUAGUUGUUUUUUGUGUUAGCAAAGGAGUGGGCUCCAGCUUUAAAAUCCUCCCCCACUUCUGAAACCAAAGCCCUUGAAAGCAUUUAAUUCCCAGAGACAGUUUAACAAUCAUAGCAUGCUAAUUGGAUAUUUUACUUGCAAGUCACAUAGCACUUAAUGAGGUGAACUUUGUUUGUGUUUUCACUGAGCCUGCCUAAAUCCCAAGAGUCCCAAGAAACAAUAACAAAUCAGAUUUGAAAAAGCACAGAGAAAGCAUGGUUCACAUUGUAGAUCAAAUGCAUUACAAGCAAUACAGAUCUACAAUACAAAUCUAGAAUACAAUUAAUAUCUGGUAGUAUUAGCUUAUUUCUAUAAUUACGUAUAGUAGAAACAUUGAUUUCAUUCCUAUUGAUUGCUGCUAUAUAUAGUUGUUAAAUUUUCUGCUAUAUAUAGUCCUAAAAUCCACAGGUUUUCCUGAAAAUAAACUUCUAGCAUUUUAAAGUCUGGUUACUCCCAAAAUUGAGAAAAUAGCAUUUAAAUAUUCCAUUUCGACUCCACUGAAAUACUCCAUGCCUACCUCUACAUUUAUAAACUAAUCUAAUUAGGGAAAAACAACAUUUUUGCCAAAUUGUAAAGAAUUAUAAGUUACUUUAUCGUUAAUAAAUAAUCUCUAUGAUUAUCAGCAUCAUCCACAGUCUCUGUCUCAACAUCUGAGGUAAAAGGACAAAUUUAUCUUUGAAUGUCCAUCAUUAAGCUUAUUUUUGCAAACCCCUUGCCAAGUUAGCUAACUCUUCUUGAUACAGUGGAUAUUUGAGGGACUUUAAUUCCACAGUAAAAUAUUUAGUAAUCUUGGGCCUAAGGUGUCUGGCGCUGAGCCUACCAUAAAAUUAAUCAAUUGUGUCAGGAAGUAAUACUAAAAGAAAGAGAGAAAUCUUAAACAUUUUGAUAUAUAAAAGCUGAAAGUAAAAAACUGAAGGUAACAGUUGAGAUUAUUUUGUAAUCACCUGGCUAAGCUGCCUACUGUAACAUUCUCCACUAUAUGCAAUUACAGCCUAUUGGAAUAUUGAGAUGAUAACCAAUUACAUUGAUGCAAUACAGAAAUGUUAACUUGGCCUCCUCUUAGCUUUCAAAAUCCCCCGAGCCAUGAGUGCAAGCACAUGUCCUUUCUCAAGUGUCUGGCUGGUUUCAGAGAGACUAUAACUUAUUCAGGAAUAUCUUUGGCCAAAUGUGUUUCGGGUAAUUUCACCACUGCCUAGCAUAUAAUGUAAGUUAUAUAGCUGCCACUUUAGUCUGGAAAGAAAUCUCUGGUUAUAAUAAAAGCAUUUUAUAAAUCAUUCUCUGGAAUUUCCUGUAAAUCUUUGUGCAACUUAUAUUGCAUGGCAAUCCCCAUCUUUUGAUCGCAUAAUAAUGUGUGUUUAGUGAUUAUUGCAAUGUCUGUUCACAUUAACUGUAAAUAAAGGUUUCUCGUGAUCAUA